CUUAUGUGGUAAAGCUUGAAUUCCUGAAUUCUGAAGCAUGAUUCGAUCACAGAGGAUGAUAAUUGCGUUGGUGAAGCUUCACGCCAUUUUGAUACUGUGGCUGACCCCUGCGCUAGCAGUGGCUGCUUCUCUAGCAAACCCUACAUGUCAGGACACUUGCGGUUAUGUUGUAAUUAACUUUCCAUUUGGGAUUGGGAAAGGUUGUUACAUGAGUGAGAGUUUUGAGGUAACUUGCAACUAUUCUUUCACACCUCCAAAGCCUUUCUUAGCUAGCAUCAACAUGGAAUUGCUGAACGUGUUGACAACAGGCCAAUUUCAAGUCAACAAUCCUGUAAUUUCUUCCAAUUGCAGCGACAAAGCCUCUAAUAUUACAGGGGUCUCCCUGUCAGGCACCCCUUUCGUCUAUUCAAAUUCUUAUAACAGAUUCACAGCCAUGGGUUGCGACAAUUAUGCAAUGCUUCUCCAGGGUCCCGGUAACACUGUUGGUGGGUGCCUGUCAAUUUGUCGUAGUGGACCUAAUACAACUACAAGUGGCUGCUAUGGCCUCAAUUGCUGCCAAGCUGAAAUUCCUCCUUAUGUCCAGUCAUUUGAAGCAAACAUGACAAACCCCUUCGGCGAUACAGAGGAUCGAGGCGGAUGCAAAUCGGCCUUCAUGGUUGACCAAGAUUGGUUUAAGUCUCAGUCAUCAACAUCAAGAAGCCUUGAUGAUCUGAAGCAGAUGGAUCGUGUCCCUGCGAUGCUUAAUUGGGCAGUUGAUCAAGGGUAUUGUGAUAUAAAAGCCUCUAACAUCUCCUGUACCCCUGACGGUAUUUAUUGUUGGAAAGAAUUCAACAGAGGUCAAGUCUGUAUUUGCAGAGGAUGUCAAGAUAUGAGCAGAUGCACAGAUCCAAGUAACUAUUUCGACUGCCGACUGCAUUGCAUGUACGGCCCAAGAGGGUACAUAUACAGUUGCAAGUGUCCUCCUGGACAUUCCCAAAGUUACGGUAGAUGCUACCCAGAUGACUUUUUUGAAGGAAAAUCUCGGGCCAAGAAGAUUAUCACGAUAGCUUGUGGAUCAGGUCUUGGAUUGUUGUUAUUAAUUAUUGGGAUUUGGACAUUGUGCAAAAUAAUAAAGAGAAGACAAGCCAUGAAGCUUAAACAAAAAUUUUUCCAAAGAAAUGGUGGAUUGUUACUACAACAACAACUAUCUUCUAAUGAAAGUCAUGUUGAACAAACGAGACUCUUCACUUCCAAGGAGUUGGAGAAAGCAACCGACCAUUAUCAUGUGAAUCGAAUCCUUGGCCAAGGAGGUCAAGGAACAGUUUACAAAGGAAUGUUGACAGAUGGAAGAGUUGUAGCUAUUAAGAAAUCUAAAGUAGUUGAUGAAGACAAGCUCGACCAAUUUAUCAAUGAGGUGGUAAUUUUAUCACAAAUCAAUCAUAGAAAUGUGGUUAAACUACUUGGAUGUUGCUUGGAGACUGAAGUUCCUCUGCUAGUAUAUGAGUUCAUCCCUAAUGGAACUCUUUUUCAACAUAUACAAGAACAAAGUGAAGAGUUCCCAAUUACAUGGGAAGUACGUUUGCGGAUCGCAACAGAAGUUGCAAGUGCUCUAUCCUAUUUGCAUUCUGCAGCUUCCAUACCCAUUUUUCAUCGAGACAUCAAGUCUUCAAAUAUACUUUUAGAUGAGAAAUAUAGAGCAAAAGUGGCAGAUUUUGGCACCUCAAAAUCAAUUUCAAUUGAUCAAACACAUGUGACCACACGAGUUCAAGGAACAUUUGGAUAUUUAGAUCCUGAAUAUUUUCAGUCAAGUCAAUUUACAGAUAAAAGUGAUGUUUAUAGCUUUGGAGUAGUUCUUGUUGAACUUUUAACAGGACAAAAGGCCAUCUCUUCAUUACGAUCUGUUGAAGAGAGAAAUUUGACUGCAUAUUUUCUACAAUCAAUGGAGGAGACUCGUUUGUUUGAAAUUCUUGAUACUCGAGUUCUAAAAGAGGGUGGAAAAGAAGAGAUUGUUGCAGUUGCUAAGCUUGCAAAAAGGUGCUUGGACUUGAAUGGGAAGAAGAGACCUACCAUGAAGACAGUGGCAAUGGAAUUAGAAGGGAUUAGAGCCUCUCAGGGAGCUUCAUCGACCCAAAUUCAGCAAGAUUAUGAAGAGGUUGAUUAUUGUAUAGGUGAACAUGCUGCGACAUGGGAUAUUGCUUCUUCUUCUACCGGAUCAUUGACUGGUAGUGUUAGCGUAUCUUCACAUUUAGAUGCGCAUCCUCUACUUCACAUUAACACCAUGUGAUGGAUUGCUCUUCGUCCUUUGCAUAAAUGCUUGCCAUUUUUGUGUUGCGUAAUCCUAUUGUACUUUUAGGGACGUAGAUUUGUUUCAUUUGUAAUUUAUUUAUUUAUUUUUCUGAUUGUGUAGUGAGUAGAAUUCAAGUACCAUUAAAGAAGUUUAUAAACCUAAUUUUGUCUAAAA